CCUACACCUUGCGAACAAUGGCAUCCUCAUCCCCAUUUACGAUGGAAAAGAUCCAGUGCGCCCGCUUUUACUUCGAGUGGAAGGGCCAUCCCAUUGACGACCUCGCCACUUUCCGCAACGUUACGCUUGCAGAACGGCCGGAGAAACCAAUCGUAUAUCUAGCUGGGGAUUCGUCUCUUGACAACAAACACUGGGUCGACAAGACUAGUCCUAUCGUUCCAAUCAAGCUGCCACGCAUUUACGAUAAGGCAUUCAAGCACCCUUGUGUUCCGAAGCCAGAUGUCGCCUUCUGGAUGAACAACCUGCUCGAGCAUCGUGCGACCUGUAUUAACACGGCAGUAGAAGAAUCCAUGCUUCGAGAUCGAGACGACGUACUCCUACCCCAUGACGAGUUCAUUCGCGAUAACCUUCGUUCGAAUGAUGUAUUGAUCGUCAGCGUUGGCGCCAACGACAUUGCGCUGCGCCCAAACCCUUCCACGAUACGACAUAUGCUGCAGCUCGCCUGGCUGACACAACGCAAACACCUCGAGAACGGGACCGCAAGCUCACUGCAGUACUUCAAGCAUAUGUUCGGCACCAAGAUCCAAGACUACAUCGCCCGUCUUACGGCCAAAACAAAGCCUCGCGCCGUCAUCGUUUGCAUGAUAUACUUCCCGCUCGAGUCGGGACUAGGACAAACCAGCUGGGCCGAUGCGCAGCUCAAGGCGCUAGGAUACAAUUCAUAUCCGGGGCAGCUACAAGCCGCCAUUCGAGCGAUAUACGAGAUGGCGACCAAAGCGAUACGGAUUGAGGGUACGGAGAUGGUGCCUUGCGCGUUGUACGGGGUGCUUGAUGGCAAGUUGGCAGACGACUAUACAGCGAGGGUUGAGCCAAACGAAGCGGGUGGGAAAAAGAUGGCCGUCAGGUUCGUUGAACUGCUAGACGAGAUCAUAGAGAAGUCAGAUAUCUCGGAGACUGCUUGAGGCAUAUGCGCAUUGCUUCACAUUUGGAAAAGAGUAUGCUUCUUCUACUGGACUCUUGGGUCGACGAAUCUGAAACUCGCAAUCGCGAUCGGUCACUUCUUUCAGAAUAGAAUCAGGGGUGGGUUUCUUGCCUCUUUGUUCAGCCAGCGUCUUUGUGAACCUCUCGCCUUUGUCUAUUGCGCUGCGCCCUUGUUUCGCGCGAACUCGAUAUGUUCGCUCAACAUCCUGUAGAUGAUCAAAUUUUGCAGACAUACUAUGUCAUAUCUGCUGGCCUUGAAGCAAAACCGAAAUCAUGGAGAAAUACACCUUUGCACGAC